AUGGCUGCCAACACUGAAAAUCACCGUCCUGCCGAGGCGGACGCAUUUCCCACACCAUCACCUGCACCAUUUCGGACGCCUUCGAGAGCCAUGUCUCGACAUUCGCACCGGAGAGACUCAUCUCCCGGUCCAUCGUCAUCCCCACCAUCUCUUCCGCUGCAGCAUUUCUCCCCUGACGAUCAUGAACAUGCCAUUGACGACGUCGUGAAUGAUGACACGAUAUCACCGCUUGAUCCACGCCGGUUCACUCCCACACUACAUGCGUCCCUUGUUUCCGAGAUCCUUUCCUUACGGAGGGAACUGGAGAGCAAGAACAAAGCGAUCGAUGCUCUCGAAGCAAGUCUGGAGGACACCCGCGCUGAAAAUGAGGCUCUCAAUGAAAGUCUAUCAAAGCAUACGAAGGAGAACCGUUCGCUGAAGAGGCAGAUGCAGCUUCUUGAAGGCGGUACCCUCUCAGCGCUCAGUGAUUUGGCCAAGGAACGAGAUGAGGCGGUGGAGAACAUCACCGAUGUUCGGAAGAGGCUGGAGCAGACACAGAAGAGAGCCCGGACUCAAGAGGAACAAGUAGAAAGAACCCAAAUGCUAUGGGAUCGAGAUAAGCAAGCUUGGGAGUCAGAGCGAAGAAAUUGGGAAAGGAAGGUGCACGUUAUGGAAAAUAGGUUGAAAAUGGUCCUGAAUGAAGUUGCAGCUGCUCAGGCUGCUGGCGCGUUUCGCAAGCCCCAAGAGGGCGGCGACAAUAAUGACCCAGGGAGAGACACUAUCACCACACGAGGAAGUGACACGACAAGCGUCCGAUCGAGCAGGAGGCGAGCCAGCACGACCAGUGAGAGCACUCAUGACGAAGAGCUUCCUUACAACAGCGGGAGAUUCUCCUCCAUGAGCUUUGUUAAUGGGCAUGGCGUCAAGCCCGAUGGUCUCAAUCUGGCUGAGGAAUUGGCCUUCGAUGAGGAAGAUGAGGAAGAGGAAGAGUUCGCCGAACAGCACGAAGAACUUCCAGAGGAAAGGGAAAGGCCCACGUCUGUUCAGUCCCAGCUGUCUUAUACCAUGGCAUUGAAAGCCCGAAAGAUCCUUGGUCUGUCUCUUGAUGGAAGCGUUGAUCACCCUGCUGCCUCUGAUGUUUUAGAGCAGACCCGCCCAUCAGACCAUAUAGAGGAGUAUGGCAAUGGAAAGCUCACGGAGGAACGCCAGCUCAAUUAUCGAGAUAUUGGCGUUCAGUACUCACCUCCGCCGUCGCCUCAGCUGCCGCCACAAUCAGAACCUUCGCAGGACCUUCCUGCAAGCGAAGAAAAGGUGGAAGAAUCGGCUGCUGUUCCCGCAAGUCGUGGUUACCAGACGGUGGACAGUGGUACUCUGACCAUGCCAGUCGCUAUGGUGUCCAGUUCAUGCCAGACUGUCGACCUUCCCAGCCCUCCUCGCACACCCGAACCUACUGAACCCGCUGAACCUACCCCGGUUAUUAGCCAGGUCAACAUGACGUCUAGCUCAACGCAGACCGACCCGGUGAUUAUCUCCACUGAAGAGGAACAAAAGGCUUCGGAAGCGCCGAAGGAACCACAAUUCGCAGUCCCUAUUCCGACGAUUGCAAUCCACCCGCCCGGUUCGGAACCCUCAUCCCCCAGAAGCAGUGUCGUUUUACCCCCACAUACGAAGAGCGUGUCAUGCCAGACAGACUUGCCGUUAUCCAAGAAUGUGCGAUCUGUCUCCAUGCAGACAGAAGAGAUCCGAAUCGAUAAGCGCCCCGUCAAGCUCCCGGCGAGCUUGCUUCCAUCAGCGAUCCUGGAUCGGCCUACGGACAAGUCUGAAAGCCAGGAAAUCACAAUGCCCUUUGCGCCUCCUCCCCGGUCGCCUAAACGUGCACCCCCGAAACCACCGUCCGCUGGCGAAGGAGCGUCCAAGACCCUCAAAGGAAAGCAACCGGAACGCGUGCAGGCUUACCCAGGAAACAACGAUAAUGGCCCACUGGCGGAUAAUGACAGAUCAGACAUACGACGCCCGUUCCGGUCGAGUAGUCUGUUUGCUGGCUUUGACGACGAAGAGGAACAGGGAUCCGGUUUCUUCAGCGAUGAUGAACUAUACAACCGGCCGAUGGCUUCAUACUCGCUCAAAUCCGGGAAAAUGGUUCCCCGUUCUAGUCUCGACGAGAAACCCAUCCGGGAAGUUGAUGAGCCGGAUGAAGCGCCCGUAAGUAAUCAAUCUAGGACAGGGUCCAUACGAAGACCACCGCGUGGGUCGAAGAUGGCCUCUACUUCGAAAGAACCAGAUAUCCGGCGAGCCGCAUUGAUAUCUAACGGUGCUGCCGCGCAUCAGAAGUCACGUCCGCGAAGCCCUAGCGAGCCUAGCAUCGACAGCGCUGGUUCUACUGGCGCAGCCCGACCUCCCUUUCCGGUCCCUGUUAGACUCAGCUCGAGGAAGGUCCCCACGAGCGCCAGCGAGGGUGCACAAAGCCCGACCCCGUACAGCAAUAGGAAUGAGCGCCCCGGAAGACGUAUCACGAGACAGCCUACCCUUCGCAAAGUUCGCUCUGCUGCCGCAAUAUCAAAAGCGAAUCAAUCGGAACGUCCUGGGAGCCGGUCACCGCCUGCAAUGUCGACCUCGUCUUACGCCCCUGAUAGCCCGAAACUUCCCCCGAUGCCUCACGAUGACGUUACCGCGCCUCGAGGCAAAAGAUCGGUCAAGAAGCAACCGUCGACCCGCACCGGCUCUUCCGUCUACUCUCACUCGAGAGAUGAGUCGACGCCUAGCUCUGUUCAGCCUACGAGCGUCGUUGACGCAAUCGCCCAAACCAUGGUGGGCGAGUGGAUGUACAAAUAUGUCCGCAGGCGGAAGUCGUUUGGCGUGUCAGACUCGAAGGAUUCUUGGGAGCAUGGGAAGAGCACCGAAGAAGUGUCGGCUAAUAUCACCAGCAAUGGUGUUAGACACAAGCGGUGGGUUUGGCUGGCGCCAUAUGAACGUGCAGUCAUGUGGAGUAGCAAACAACCGACGAGUGGCACUGCACUUCUCGGUAAAAGUGGCCGCAAAUUAACCAUUCAAUCCGUUCUUGACGUCAAGGACGAUACACCCCUACCCAAGGGCUCCAGUCCCCAGAGUCAUUUUAAUAGGUCCAUUCUCAUUCUGACUCCUCAACGUGCGUUGAAAUUCACCGCGAUGAGUCUGGAGCGGCAUUAUGUCUGGCUCACGGCACUGUCGUUUUUGAGUCAUUCAUCCAUAGGGAUGAGCGAUCUGGCAGCUCUACCUCCGGUCCCUCAAGAUGACUUUGUGCCACCUCCUCCAGCACCCGCGCUUAGACGGAACCCUAUUCGGGAUUCGAUCAGGGUUGCAAAGAGCAAGCCUCGCCAGCAACCCAACGCGAAGCGAUCUUUUACCGCGCACCCGGCCCCUGUGCCGGAAUAUGGCGAUAAUUCGAUGGACCCAAUGGAUGCAGCUGAUCCUCCAAACGUACCACGGUUUUCGAGCCAUACUCGCAGGCGCAGCAACACGGCGCCUCGUGCGCCGCCAAGUGCAUUCCGCAGCUUUUCCAGUAACGCAACCGUUCCAUCGACUUACAGUGGCACUACGGCGGCUUCCUCCGAUCUAUACACGACUUCUUCUAUGGGGGGCCCUAGCUUUAGCCGUCGAACGUCCGAGGCCAGUGGGCCGUCCAGUGCUGGCACGGGCAACUUUUUUGACGCCGUGGGGACGGUGCGGAUGGAGGCAUUCAUCGACCGAGUGGACAUACCCCGGUAUCGAGGAGGUAACCGCGGUCGAAAUGGACCGCGGAAAGGAGACUCGAGCCAGUGGGGGCACCAUGAUCCGUUCGAUUUUGCGAGAUCCGACGAUGGCAGCGACAUCUACUAUCGGAAUGACGAUCCCUUCCGGGGGUUUUAA